CUCCUCACUCAUCAUCUCCAAUCAAACAAACCCUCACUUUGAAAAACCCUUCGUUCCUUUCUCAGCAAUUAAAUUAAAAGAAAAAAAGAAAUUAAUCAGGCAUAAUUAAUUUAGAUGGCGAUGAUGAUGGAGAAUUCGUGCGAGGGCAUAUUGCUGUCGUUGGAUUCACAAAAAUCGGUGCCGGCGCCGUUUCUGACGAAGACGUACCAGCUGGUCGAUGACCCAUCCACCGAUCAUAUAGUCUCCUGGGGAGACGACAACUCCACCUUCGUCGUGUGGCGGCCGCCGGAGUUUGCUCGAGACCUUCUCCCCAAUUACUUCAAGCACAAUAACUUCUCAAGCUUUGUACGCCAGCUCAACACCUAUGGUUUUAGGAAAAUCGUGCCGGACAGGUGGGAGUUCGCGAACGAGUACUUUAAAAAGGGGGAAAAGCACCUCCUCUGCGAGAUCCACCGCCGCAAGACCGCCCAGCCGCCGCUACCAAGCCCCACCGGCGCCGGACACUACCCUUACUUCUCCUUCCCCACCACCCGCGUCAGCAUCUCGCCGCCCGACUCCGACGACCACUGGUGCGACUCCCCUCCUCCACCGCCGCCGCCGACGAAUCCCAUGUCCACCACCGCCGCCGCCGCCUCUCUGACGGCCCUGUCGGAGGACAACGAGCGGCUGCGGCGGAGCAACACCAUGCUGAUGUCGGAGCUCGCCCACAUGAGGAAGCUCUACAACGACAUAAUCUAUUUCGUCCAGAACCACGUCAAGCCCGUCGCCCCCAGCACGUCUUACCACCACCACCACUUCUCAAAUCCGCCGGCGGCGGCGAGCGCCUCCGUGCUGCAGAAGCCGCUGAACCAGCUAAUCGGGUACCACCAGAACUCCGUCAGGCAAACGGGGAAUAAUUACUCAUCUUCAUCCCCAAGCCAUGCCGGAGUGACGAUAAUGGAGGAGCCGAGUGAGCAGUGCUUCGGAACGAAGCUAUUUGGGGUGGCCCUUUCAUCGAAGAAGAGACUCCACCCAGAAUGUAAUAACACAACUCUUGAGACGAACAAGAGCAGGUUGGUACUAGACAAAUCUCAUGAUUUAGGCUUGAAUCUCAUGCCUCCUUCCCAAUAUUAGUUACAUUUUUUCUUUUUUUAUCUGUAUUUUUUUUUUUUUGUUCUUUUUGAUACAAUGUUUGGGAUGAAUAUGGUUUGUGGUUGGGAGAGAGUACGUGGACGUUGUUGGCCUUCUUCUCCUUUUUCUCAAUUUUAACUCUUUUCUGUAAAUAAAAUUAUUUAUGAACUAUGAUUUUGCAGGUUUCUAUGUUUUUUGUUUUUAAUUAAC